AUGCCAGAUAUUUGUAAUCCCCACAAAUGGCAAGCUCAUAGAUUUGGACCCAAAAGCCAGCUGUCCGCACGCUCUGAAUUGGACAUGGAUCUUUGGUAUGAGCUGGCUCAAUCUUACUCGCGUUUGAGUCUAACUAAUGCGGGCAACCAUCUGAAUGCAAUUGCUGGGAUUGUAACCGAGUUCUCCAAAGCCAUGAGCAGAUCAUCGUUUUCAGAGUCGGCAGUGACAUUGCUUGAGAGCACUUGGCACGAGUCGUACGUAUCAGGACUCUGGUUGCCGAAUAUACAGCAUGGACUUUUAUGGCGUGGCGCUUCCGAGAUGCUCAAAGUAUGCGAUUGCGGUGCCCCGUCGUGGUCGUGGCUGGUAUUUAAAGGGCAGGCCGUAUGGCCCCAGAGAUAUGAUUAUGACAAUAUUAUCAAUCAUUGCGAAAUCAUCUCAAUUAUCCGAGGCAUGGGGCAGAACUCGGCUUUGUACUUGAUCACAAUGGCAGACAUGCUUUAUAUCAAGGGCAAGAUCCAGCCCGCCAUUGCUUGUGGGCGAUUGACAGCUGCGCUGGACAAGGACCUCGCUAUUCUGACCGGAGAGAUGGACUACGCGAGGGAAAUUGAAAAUAGGGCCAGGGAGAUUUCUACCUAUAAAGCAGCGGCAGAACCUGGAUUCCAAGGGCAUCAAGUGCGGCAGCUCAUAUGCCCCAUCACGGCGGCGACGGCGGCCGCAGGAUGGGGCACGUUUGAGAGACCAGACUUGCUCCGGCCGUGA